AUGGCUGUGGGGAGUGUGUGGCGGUCAACUCUAGGGGUUCAGAUUGCCCGAGGCCAAGAGCCUGCUGGCUCCACGACACGUCCCUCGACCCAGCCGACAGUGGAGUCUCUCACUUUAGGGGCAGUGGAGUUCCAGCGUGCUAGGCGAACCUCCCUGGCCAUUGGACCCGGUCCCCAAAGUCACGACCUUGAGCUUCCCUCGACCUGCUUUGAUCCAGACCUGCCCUGCUGUCCAACCGUCCCGUUCUUUGUCGUCGACACCACCAGUCUCCCAGUCGCUCGACGCUCUCUCACGACCAUCCUCUCUGUUCGGCAUCCGCAGACGCCGUCACCCAGAGCCAUCACCGAUGCAUAUAGCUACAACCAGCUGUUGCUCCAUCGCGUCGAUGCCCCUCUGUCCGUGAUCUCCUUGCUGGUCGAGAUAAACCCGAUCACGGCAGAGGGUCGUCAUUUUCACGAAAGAGCAAUAGUUGCAGACGACUCGCCUCUCGUCUGCGCUGUGCUCGCUGCACUCUCCUCAAAGACGUCUUCCCACGCAUCCCCGUCACCCUCUCCCGGUCCCUCCGCUCGGGACGGCAGCGGCUCUGCCCAACUGCCACCUCACCCAACCCCGGCAUCUCCUGCCUUGUCGACCGCCUCAACAGCAGCCGACGAUCAAGACGCCGGCUCCUCUCCAGUUCUUCCGCCACUCCCUGCGCCUAGGCUACCUGGGCGGGCGCAAGAUCUUCUGAGGUCUACACCCAACGAAGUCGAGGACGAGGAAGCCCGCUUCGUGACCGCCAGCUGGGGCUCGCCAUACUCCCAGGGCGACCGUAAUCAUCUGCGCGGAGAGAGCUUCAGCAGUGACCCUUCCGAGGACUCGCCUCUCCAUCAGCUAGCCUUCCAGACCCCGUUUCUGCGUCCACCGCCCCAGUUUGCUCCAGGACAGGUUGCUCAAUCAGACAGCUUCGUGAGCGCCGCGCAAGUCCUCGCCAAUCGGGUUCGAAGACCAACGCGUGGCCUGACUGAGGACUGGAUCCGUCAACAUACCGCUGGCGAGAACUCUGAAAGUCGCCAUUGGCUUAGUGACGGAGAAGACGAAAGCGAGCACUCUUCGCUGAGCGGCUCGCGAUCUGGUGAAGAGGGUCCUCUGUACAAGGACAGUCUUCAGACCCCCCGUGCCAAGCCAGCCACUGCCACGCGCAUUGCUCGUCGCACAUCGUCGCACCACCCCCGAAAAAGAUCCAGCGUCGAAACCUUGAAGCCCGAAACCAAGAACCAGGACAUCGGUUCUCCUCUUGUCAACAUGACGUCCCCCGAUCUCGACACCCCCAGCCUAGAUGCUGUGAGCGAUCUCUCUGUGCCCAUCUCAUCACAGGACACGCUCGAAAGGCCACAGACGCCGCCAAAAACAAUAGCAAAGGUAGAAGCACUAGGGCCUCGAACGCCGGCGAGAGUCACCUUCAAGGAGCCUACCUUGACGCCCAGGCUGAGGAAAAAGGUUCCUUGGAAGGGCAAGAAUAUCUUGGUCCUCCUGCCGCGGGAUGACGAACGUGGCACCGAUGGCAGGGCUCCUAUGCCUCUGACAGCCGCCGAAACAGAACGUAUGUUCUCCUCUUGGGACGAGCUCGGAUAUGAUAUCUCUGGAUUCGACCUCGAGGCCGCGCAAGGUAGCCUCCAGUCUGAGGAGGGAUACUCCCAGAGCCGAAACACUUGGCCCGCAGACGAGGACCUCUCGAAGGAACGGGCAGAUCGGUAUUUCAAGGUUACACUGCCUGACCUGAAUGCCUGGAAGGACUAUGUGAAUGAGCUUCAAGAGGCCAAGCUACGUGCGCUGGGUGUCUCUUUCGGCGACGAGGAGCCUGCGCCUGCUCCAUCAAUGUCUCCCGCCAUGACGGCGUCUGGAUUGAGCAGGCAGCCUUCUGUGCAGUACCCGCCCUUACCUUUUUCGCCUCCUCUGCCAACGUCGUCGGCUUCGAGCAACCCCGCCAUACCUGGAUUCCCGUUUCCUUCGCACUUCAUGCCUGGUGGACGGGCCUCUGCCGCCCAGAGCCCCGGCGUGCCGUCGAGUGCUUCACCAGCUUUCACUCCUGGACACGCUUCAAAGUUCAACCCGCGCCAGUCUAUUUCCAUUCCCAUGGGGCACUCUCCUUUCCAGCCUGGCCAUCACGCGUCGCCUUCCCUCGCAGGCGGGCACUCCCCUUUCACGCCGGGCCACCAUGCUUCACCCUCGCUUGCUGGCUGGCCCAUGCACCAUGGACCUGGUCGUAUCGAUUCGCCAUCGCUUUUGCACGGUGUCUUGUCUCCUGUCUCGCCCUACACGCCCGAUGGCUUCCAUGCAGCCAGCCCAAUUUACCAUGCGCACCAGCGUCACCAGUCCUUGCAAUACCCCAUGAUGCCACACCAGCAGCUGGCGCAGCAGCCCUCAGCGAGAGCUUCGCCACGCUUGCAAGAGGUUCAGGAAGUUGACGAGGAGCCGAUCAACCAGAGCCCAUCGAAAACCCCGGAGCCUCACCACACGAACACGAACACGAACAAUGAUGACCUGCAGGCUGAGAUUGAUGACGCCGAGUACCAUCUGGAGGAGCAGAUGCGCAAUGAGCUUGAGCACGACGACUACAGCCCCCACAACGAAGAAAGGGCUGCGGAUGAGUUGAUUUCUCUGCCCUCGGGCUCAAUCUCCGAGGACCCCUCUUAUAUGCACAGCAGAGAAGCAUCGAUGCAGUUCCAGGCUCCAAUGCACUUUGCGACUCAGAUUGGAGACGGGCCUGAGCUGCAGCACCCUCGCCCCCAUAGCAGAGGUCACUCGCUCACGAAGAACUACUUCCAAGACGAGCAUCGUGACAACGCAAACCACGAUGGCAGCAACAGUUUCAACGCCUGGCAGGAUAUGGAAACGCAGCAGGCAGACGACACUGCUGAGAUUGAGACGAAUCCUAGCAAUCUGGGCACGCCGGUGCAAGAUUUCCACCUUGCCAACAUCUUGCAGCAGCACCAGCGUAACUUUAGCACCGCCAGCAACCCGUGGAGCGAGGUUGCAUCUGUGACCGCCAAUGCGGGGAAUCAACGACGCCUGAGCCACGCAAGCAAGCCUUCUCUCUCGAAACUCAAUGUCAAGGCCCCCGAGUUCAAAUUCAACCCUGGCAAGGAGUUUACGCCGAGUGGCCAAUUUGUCUUUGGCAACACUGCCUUCCAACCACCGGCUCAGACACAAGUCUUCCAUGCGGAAUCAGAGCCCUUUGUGCCAUCCGUUGUCUCGCCCUCCGCCCACUCGUUCGGUGCUCCUUCAUUCUCUUCGAGCAUGAAUGCCGGCGUCGCGCCUUUCUCGCCCGGCACCAGUACCUUCAACUUCUCGAUGUCUGGGCCUAAGUUCCGUCCCGAUGCGAUUCCCUUUACGCCUUCUGGUGGCUUGUCGGAUGCCUUCACCAGCCCGAAUGCUUCAGGCGCUGACACUGCUGCGACUGGCCCUAAGUACAUCUUUGGCAAUAUCAAUCUUGCGGAAGCUCUGACUUCAAAGAAGUCGAAGGCUAUCCCCAUCGUCCCGCCAGUCAGCCGAGAUCCUAAGCCAACUAAGGGAAUUCCAUAUGAGGUUGAUGAGGAAGGCCGUGUCGUCAACGCUGCGGGCCCCAAGCGGAGACAGGAAGUGGCCAGAGACGAUGGCGAUGACGUGCCUCGCUUUGCCGAGCCUACGCCGUCGCCCCAGCCUGCAUUUGCCCAGCCCGUAGCAUCUGUUGAGCAAGACACCGUGGACGUGCGCUCCGGCGACGACGGCGAUGCGACACCCGGCGACACGACAAUGUCUUCCACCAGCGUGUCCGAACAGAUGGUUGACUCCAAGGCCAUUACGGCGACAAGUCCAUCCGAUGGCGGCAGAGAUCAGCUGAACUGGACUCCCUUCGACUUCGAAAGGAAGAACGAUGCGCAAGUGUUCAAUGAUGCCCGACCUUUCGGCCAAGACUUCUUCAAGAGGGGACACAAAAAGAGCCUCUCAGCUACUGCCAAGCGCACCAUUGAGCCUUCCCACUCACCCAGGUCGAGGGCUAUUGACGCUCAUGAAGUUGUGGCUGAGGCGGAAGGAGGAUCAGAUCGAGGACGCACGGGACUCGGGGCCUCCCGCUUUGCUUCGCCUCCACCGAAGCCCAAGGGCCUCAAGGCGUCUCGAUUCGCAUCGCCUCCCAAGCCGGCACACAGGGAGGUCGAGUUGCCGCCAUCGCAAAGUUUGUCGCCCGACGGUCGCACCUCGAACUGGGCCGACGAUGUUUCCGAGGAGCUGCCCCAGUCUGGCCCGGAGCACGAACCGACUUUCGAGGAGAUCGAUGCCAUCAUGGACCACCUCAACCAAAACGACCCUAUGAUGGGAGUCAACAAGCAGGCCACCGAGGAGCCUCGCUGGGCUCAGCCCAGUCCUACCAGGCACAUCUCUAUUGCUGACGUUACCAACUCUUCUCCCUUCCACUUGCAGCCCGCAGCCCAUUCCACUGUGGGUGCGUCCAGCCCCGAGCCUCGCAAAUACCACCAGCUUCCGAACCUGGCUCCACCGAUCCCCACAACCGAAUUGGAAGGAUCCUUUUCGUCGAUCCCUCCCGCAGAGUGCCCAGUCGUUUCAACGCCCCUGGUACACCGCCCUGAAACGGAAGCGGAGGGGCGUUGCCAACAGCGACUGGGGAUGGGCCCGCCUGCAACCGUUGGAAAAGACCGCUGCUCGCCAUCGAACGCCAUUUCGCUUCACAGGCAGGCACCUCAGCUUCGUCGCGAGCGCCGCAGCAUGUCCGCUGAAGUGCAAGAGAGCGAUGCCGAUGACGAAGACGAGGAGCCGGUCCUGCGUCGGUCAAUGAGCCCCCGCCGAGAUCGCAGGAUGGACCAGAUCCGUACUACCAUUCUCGACGCUUUCGCCAUGCAGCAGCGUGGAGUUCCCGCAUCGGCUCCUGCUGGUGAUGCUUCCUCCGAAGUUGUCCUGCGGGCGCUGGCUGAGAUGAAGGAGCAGCUUGACCAGAGCCUGCCCUCGGAGCCCCGUGGUGCCGAGCUCCGCAGCAUCAUCGAGGAAGUUGUCGAGCGUCGUUUGCCGCCUGUUGCGCAGCCCACCAUUACGGCUGAUGCCGACUCUGAAUACAAGAGCAAGAUUGCUGACCUGGAAGAACGCCUGCGCGUGGAGAAGGACCGUGCUGACAAAGAAACGACCAGUCGCCGUGAGUCGGAAGAGCAGGCAGCGGAGCUUCAACGGAAUCUGCAGGCCGCAGAGACCCGUCUCGAGGUCGAAAUCAUGAACCGCAGUAUCUAUGAUCAACGUUCUGUCGAUCUCGAUGAAAAGCUUAAGCAGCAAGAGGCCCAAACUGAAAAGGAGCUUCAAGCCCGACGCUCCGCAGAGGACAGACUCUCCGAAGUCCAGCGCCUGCUCCGCAUCUCUUCUGAGGAGGAGAACCGCCUUCGCGAGGUCGUUGAAGAGCGUGACCAAAGGAUCAAGGCGAUUGAGGUGUCAGGCGCUAAGAAUAAUAUGCGCAUGUCGUUGCUCGAAGCGGACCAGAACAACAGCAACCAGUCAAGGACCGAGCUCAUCAAGAGGACCAACGUGCUUGAACACGACCUCCGCGAGGCUCGACAGGAAGCUCUGCACUUCAAGGCUGAGACUGACCGUGCGGCUGAGACUUCUCGUCGCCAGCUCAACGAGCUCGAUCACGCACUCGAGGAGAACAGGCAGCAGCAGAGGUUCCUUGAUACUCUCGGAACACAACUCCAAGAGAACGAGAGGGUACGCGAGAGCUGGCGGUCUAAGUUCCUGGCUUUGCAGGAGGAGAUGACCACAGCAGCCCGCGAGAUCACCGAGGAACACUCCCGCAGGACUAAGAGGGAGCAGACACUUGUUGCUCGCCAAGAGGUUCUCGAUGCUAGGCUCCAAGCCGAGGCUCGAACUAGGGAGCGUCUUGAGGCUGAGAUCGAACGUCUUGAGAACGGCGAACGCCAGGGCCUGCGUGCUGUUGGUGAAUGCAACCGCCUGGAGUCUCUCCUCGCCGAGUUGAGGACUGAGAACCACAAGCUCGAGCAAAAGGCCAUGCGUCACCAGCGCGAGUUCGAGGAGGCCAGGGAGUCCGGAGCCAGCGAGGUUCAGCGCACGCGCCGUUCCAUGCAGUCCGAGAUUGACGAGGCCAACAACCAAGUCAAUUAUGUUCGACGCGACCUUGAGGAGCAGAUCUCCAAGCUUCAGGCUGAACUUGACCAGGCCAAUGUUGAUGUCGAGUCAGCCAAGGCGCAGGCGGAGAUGCUCGUCGAGGAAGUCCAGACAAACAAGACAACUGAGAUUGAGCAGCUCAAGGAGAAGCAUCAGAACGAGGUCGAGGACCUGCACACCCGCCACGCUAUGCAGCUAGGCAACACUGUCGAGGAGGCCCAGAAGGCUGAACAGCACCUACUUGAGCGCCUUAGCUUCUCCGCGUCCAAGACGGAGCAUCUUCAAGACCGCGUCGCCCAUCUCGAAGAGAAGCUCGAGAUUGCCAAGGAAGCUGCUCUUGCAGCUGCCAAGCGCGCCAAGUCGCCUGUUGUCGAGCACGCACAGCCUAAUUUCGCUGCCCCUGUCUCUACUGGCGCUGCAGCCCCAGUUACGGCCGUGCCCAUGCCGGCUGCGAAGUCCAUGGAACUGCCGGAGAAGAUCUCGCCGCAGGCACUUCGUGAAUCCAUCAUGGUGCUCCAGGAGCAGCUGCAGGCGCGCGAACAGCGCAUCGAGGAACUCGAGCAAAACAUCGAGAAGCUGGAUCCUGAAGCGCCAACCAAGAUUUCCAAGCGGGACGACGAGAUCACAUGGCUGCGUGAGCUUCUCGCUGUCAGGCACGCCGACCUUCAGGACAUCAUCGCUGCCCUCUCUGGCGAAGAUUAUAACCGCGAGGCUGUGAAGGACGCUGCCAUCCGUCUCAAGGCCAACCUCCAAAUGGAAGAGCAGGAACGAGAGCGAGCUCUGAACGGCGGCUCGGCCAUCAACCUGCUACAGGCCGCUUCUCCUCGCAUGGCACAGGCUGUUAGCCCCUUCGCUGCCGCUUGGGGAAACUGGCGCAAGUCCCAGCAGCAGCAGCAGCAACAACAGCCAAGCUAUCGAAGCAUUUCGGGUGUCAUGUCGUCGCCAGCAGGCCCUGCCUCGAGGAACAACUCGACGCCCUCGCGGUCGACCAGCUCUCAGAUGCCCAGCAGCUUCCUCGGUGGACUGCUUACUCCGCCGGCUUCCAAUCUACGCCAGACCCCUUCACCCAAGCCCGGACCGAGCCAGCCUACGGCUUUUAACAACACCGGCCGUCGUUUGACUUCAGCUGAGCUCGCACAACGUUCGCGCAAACCCUCUGUCACGGCGAAGCAGGCACAGAAGAUGCCGCAGACCAGCUUGCAAGGCGAGACCACUCCGCCGCGCCGAUUGAGCCAGAGCCACCCGGCGACGCCUCCGAUGAUGCAGCCCAGCUCGUAUGACUCGGACGCGCACGCGGGUGACUUUGACGACAACGACUUCUUCGAGGAGGACUAA